AUGCGGCUUCAGGCAGCGCUCCUCUUCGCCGCGUGCCUAUCGCCCGCGGCGGCCAUUUACUCGGAUGAAGUCAACCACGUUGACUUCCAUCACGCUCUCCUCGGUACCCCCUCGCCAGACUCGACCUUCUUCCUUAAGCCAUCAUCAAAUUCAAAUGCCUCUCUCCUAUAUACAUUAUCAGACAAGCUACUCGUGGGUGCUGUGAACCCCCGGGAUGGUGCGCUGGUAUGGCGCCAGAACCUCUCGCGGUCGACGGAUUCUCCUGCCCGCGGGGCGGGUCUCUUGCGCGGAUUGGAUGGCAACGAUGCCCUUGUUGGUGCAGCAGGCAGCUAUAUCUCAUCUUGGAGUGCCCAGGAUGGCAAGUUGGGAUGGGAAAAACGGUUCCCCGAGGGCGUGGUCGCAGAUCUUGAGCUAUUGGAGCUUGAGGACGCUACCGCGACUUCCGGGGUAAGAGAUACCAUCGCAGUCGUUGCUAACAAGGGUACUGGACUAGUCAGACGGCUGGAUGGUAGCACUGGAAAGACUCUAUGGGAACACAAGGAUACUAGCGGUGAUGUUCCUUUCCAAGUGUCAUCCUCCUCCACGGAAGUCUUCUACAUUUCACUCCAGUCGGCUAUGCUGAAGGGCAACAAGAUCAAGGUUACUGUGUUGGAUCCAUUGACUGGUCAACAAAUUCGUCAACUAGUCUUGAAUUCCGAGACCGACGUGGCUAUACCCGAGUCCAUCCUCUAUGUAGGCGCCAAUUCUGCUUCCCCCAUCAUCGCUUGGACAGACAAAUCGCAAAAGAACUUGAAGAUCAAUGUUAUCGGCACCAAGGAGGUCAACACUAUCGCCAUUGAAAAUACCUCCGGCUUGGAUAUCCAACAAAUUACCAUCAACGCCCCGACCAAGCUUAAAUGUUUGCCCCAUUUCUUGGUUCACUAUGCAACCGAUGUUGGUGCCUGGGCUGAGGUCUAUCACGUGGAUUUGAAAUCCUCUAAGGUCACCAAUGCCUAUCGGUUGCCCUACUUGCCCGGACAUUCAGUAUUUGCGACCAGCGUGAUUGACGCUAAUGUCUAUUUCACUCGAGUUACAGAAUCGGAAGCCAUCGUCAUAUCCUCCGCCUCCCACGGAGUUCUGGGACGUUGGAACUUGCAGACUCCUUCUUCUGAGAUUGCCUUGCACUCGGUGUCUGAGGUCGUCGCCAAAGGAAAAUCCUGGGCUGUCAGAUCGGCGCUUCUCCGAGAGCACGGAGAUUGGCAGCUCAUCCGCAAUGGCCAAAUCGAGUGGACCCGACAUGAAGGUCUAAUCGACGCUGUCGCUGCCACUUGGGCGGAGACUGACGCCCAGGAGGACCUGGCCCAUGAGUUGGAGGUCGAGGGCCACGAAACCUUGUACGGCGCUUACCUGCACCGUGUGAAGCGCCAUGUUCGCGACUUGCAGCAUCUGCCUGAUUGGCUGAAGGAUCUGCCCAAGCGUAUCCUGAGCAGUAUUCUAACUGAUGAGGUGUCCAACUUGAACAGCUUUGGAGUCGCCAAACCAGUUAUUGUUGCCACCAAGAAUGGCCGAGUCCACGCUUUGGACACAGGCAACCACGGUGCUGUUUUGUGGAGCGUCAAGGUCGCGGAUACUACGCAGUGGGAUGUCAAGGCGAUCUUGAGUUCUGCCGGAGUCGUGACUAUCUAUCCCAGCGAUGGAAGCUCCGUGACUUUGGACGUCUCAACUGGAGAGGUCGUUACGCGCACUAAGCCAACCAGCAACAAAAUUCACUCUCUUGCUGUGUUUGAGGCUCAUGAUAGCAGCUCGCUGGCCACCGUCGGUGUCGGUGCAGACGGCGCCCCGGUCACUGCACUCGCAAACGAAGAUGGAUUCUUGGUUACAACCAGCGUGGAUGGUCGAGUGCUUGGUUGGACCACCAAAGACACCGAGUCGCCCGUUUGGGAGUUUGUGCCUCCCAAUGGAGAAAAGGUGGUUGAAGCUACCGCUCGCCCUGCGCAUGAUCCCGUUGCCUCCAUCGGUAAAGUUCUUGGAAAUCGCUCGGUUUUGUACAAAUACCUUAACCCCAACCUCGCUCUGGUAACCGCUGUGAACAAAAAGACGAACACUGCCAGCUUCUAUCUUUUGGACGGAGUCUCCGGCAAGGUGCUGCAUGCAACCACACAAGCUGGUGUGGAUUCUACGCAGCCCAUAACCUCUGUGAUAUCCGAGAACUGGUUCGCCUACUCAUUCUGGGGCGACGUUGCCGCCGAUGAGUCCUCCGCCAAGGGCUACCAAUUGAUUAUCUCGGAGCUCUAUGAGUCGCCAUUGCCCAAUGACCGAGGCACCCUCGAUGCUGCCAGCAACUACUCCAGCGUUGACACCCUUCCAUUGCCCCAUGUCGUCUCCCAAGCAUUUAUGAUCCCCGAACCUAUCUCCCAGAUGGCCGUCACGCAAACUCGCCAAGGCAUCACCACCCGUCAACUUCUCUGUACUCUCCCGUCCUCUAACUCCAUCAUCGGCAUCCCUCGCCCUGUCCUUGAUCCCCGUCGCCCCGUUGAUCGCGACCCUACUGCCGCCGAGGCUGAAGAAGGCUUGUUCCGCUACGCGCCUUUCCUUGAAUUUGAUGGAAAAUGGUACCUCUCACAUUCUCGUGACGUCGCUGGCAUCAAGGAGGUUCUGUCCCGUUCUACUUUGUUGGAAAGCACCAGCCUUAUUUUCGCCUAUGGAAGCGAUAUCUAUGGCACUCGAGCAACUCCUAGUCAGGCAUUCGAUAUUCUUGGCAAGAGUUUCUCCAAGCUCCAACUUGUUCUCACCGUGGUGGCACUGGGAGUGGGUGUCGCCAUUUUGGCUCCGAUGACUCGGAGAAAGCAAGUUAAUGCCUUGUGGAAGGCAUAG